CGCAUGCGCAGAGUUGCAGCAGCGCUUUCCCCGCCUGAGCGUUUACGUUAGCAGAUGUGGAGCAGUACGCUGAAUUUGUGCGUUUUAAUGAGGUGGUUGCGAAAUAUAUGUUGAUUUUUCUGUUAUAUAUCACAGUAGAGGAUCGAUAAGGUUCAGGAACGUAUCGGAUCGAGGACUGUGAUAACAGAUACCCACGUCCUGAACAUGGCAACAGAAGAUAAGAAACCAGAUACAGACACCAAACCUCCGGUGGUCCCAUCAGUGUCUUCCAGUCAAAGCAAGUCUUCUCCGGCCAAGCCGAACUACAGCCUGAAAUUCACAUUAGCGGGCCACACGAAGGCCGUGUCCUCCGUCAAAUUCAGUCCGAGUGGAGAGUGGCUCGCCAGCUCAUCUGCUGAUAAACUCAUCAAGAUCUGGGGAGCGUACGAUGGCAAGUUUGAAAAAACCAUUUCGGGACACAAACUCGGCAUUUCUGACGUGGCCUGGUCCUCCGACUCCAACCUCUUGGUUUCCGCGUCAGAUGACAAAACGCUGAAGAUCUGGGACGUCAGUUCGGGAAAAUGCUUAAAAACCCUGAAAGGUCACAGCAACUACGUCUUCUGCUGCAACUUCAACCCUCAGUCCAACCUAAUUGUGUCGGGAUCGUUUGAUGAGAGUGUGAGGAUAUGGGAUGUCAAGACUGGGAAAUGUUUGAAAACAUUACCGGCUCACUCUGAUCCCGUCUCUGCCGUGCAUUUCAACAGAGACGGCUCACUGAUCGUGUCCAGUAGCUACGAUGGCCUCUGCCGAAUCUGGGACACGGCAUCCGGACAGUGUUUAAAGACGCUCAUCGAUGAUGAUAAUCCUCCUGUAUCGUUUGUCAAGUUUUCCCCAAAUGGGAAAUACAUUCUGGCUGCCACAUUGGAUAACACACUGAAGCUGUGGGACUACAGUAAAGGAAAGUGCUUGAAAACAUACACUUGCCAUAAAAAUGAGAAGUACUGCAUAUUUGCAAAUUUCUCUGUCACUGGAGGAAAGUGGAUCGUAUCGGGGUCAGAGGACCACAUGGUUUAUAUCUGGAACCUGCAGACGAAGGAGAUCGUGCAGAAGCUGCAGGGCCACACAGAUGUCGUCAUCUCGACCGCCUGCCAUCCGACAGAGAACAUAAUCGCAUCUGCAGCUUUAGAAAACGACAAAACCAUCAAGCUGUGGAAGAGUGACUGCUAAGCCUUUUUGAACUCGUGCUUCUCAUAAAAAAAAAAAAAAAAAAA